GACCAAUCACAAUGCGAUGUCGUGUCACUGUGGAAAUACGGCAAGCGUCGAGGUCUGUCAAUUCUUCUUUGACUGUUCGUUGUCACUCUACAGCUGAGAAACAAGACCCAUCCUCGUAGAGUCAGCACGAUGAGAAGCAGCAGAUGUGGUCUCCUCCUCUUCCUGUCCUCCUGCCUUCUGUGUGUCCACUGUCACGGGGACCAUGUCCAGAGACAGCCGCCUGUGGUUGAGAGUGGUGCCACCUUAUCGAGUCACGGUCGCUUUGACAAAGCGGCGGUCCAAGAUAAAGACCACAUAAUGGAGCAUUUGGAGGGUGUCAUUGACAAACCAGAGAAAGAAAUGUCGCCCCAGGAGCUUCAGCUGCACUAUUUCAAGAUGCACGAUUAUGACGGCAACAACCUGUUGGAUGGACUGGAGUUAGCUACAGCUAUUACGCAUGUCCACAGAGAGGAAAAAGGAGAAAACAGCCAGCCGAUGCGCGAGGAAGAUCUAAUGAAUCUAAUCGACGACGUUCUGAGAGACGAUGAUUUAAACAAUGAUGGUUACAUAGACUACGCCGAGUUUGCCAAAUCACUGGAAUAACACAUCACCUUACACAAUGCUGCCCACAACACAGCAAAAUGGAACCUGCACAGCCUUCAGAGUGGCCACUUGUUUAAAACAU